AUGGCACGACAGUGCCUCUUCCCCCUCGAGGCAGAAAAGAAUGGUGUGGGCGUACCCCAACAACAGAAUGGUGUGGGCGUACCCCAACAACAGAAUGGGUACGAAAAGACAGAGGAUACGGCAAUCUCAGAGAAGACAUCCUUAGUUGACCAAGAAGACGCACGACUGAUAUUCCUCAAUCAGCCACAAUUGACCAAGUUCUGCAGCAAUCACGUCAGCACUGCAAAGUAUAAUGUCCUGACGUUCCUGCCUCGGUUCCUCUACUCUCAGUUCAGAAGGGCUGCCAACUCCUUCUUCCUCUUUAUCGCUCUCCUGCAGCAAAUUCCGGAUGUGUCACCCACUGGUCGCUGGACUACCCUGAUGCCCCUACUCUUCAUCCUGGUGGUGGCAGCAGUCAAGGAGUUCAUUGAGGAUCUGAAACGUCACAACGCCGACAAUGUCGUCAAUAAGAAGGAAUGUCAAGUGCUUAGGAACGGUGCCUGGGAGAUUGUGCACUGGGCAAAGGUGGGAGUCGGGGAGGUAGUUAAAGCGGCCAAUGGGGAUCACCUGCCGGCUGACCUCGUCAUUCUGUCGUCCAGUGAGCCCCAAGGUAUGUGCUAUAUUGAGACUUCAAACUUGGAUGGAGAAACAAACCUCAAAAUCCGACAGGGACUGCAAAUCACCUCAGAGAUCAAGGACAUUGACAACCUGAUGCGUCUCUCCGGGCGCAUGGAGUGCGAGAGCCCCAACCGCCAUCUGUACGAGUUUGUGGGGAACAUCCAUCUGGACGGACACAGCACUGCCUCUCUGGGUCCAGACCAGAUUCUGCUGCGAGGUGCCCAGUUGAGGAACACCCAGUGGGUCCAUGGCGCUGUGGUCUACACCGGACACGACACCAAGCUCAUGCAGAACUCCACACGGCCUCCACUGAAGCUGUCUAACGUGGAGCGCAUCACAAACUUCCAGAUUCUAUUGCUGUUCGGCUGUCUACUGGCCAUUUCUCUGGUGUGCUCCAUCGGACAAACCAUCUGGAAGUACCAGUACGGCAAUGCAGCUUGGUACAUGGAUUUGAACUCUCCAGGUAACAACCAUUUUAAAAGCCCUGGCCAUCCGUGA